AACCAAUCUCCGUCUCGUCGCUCGCUCGCUCGCUCUCUGCCUGGAGGUCAGGUCUCGUGCGCGCCCGGCUUUCCUCUCCUGCCGCCAACCAAUCUGACGCCGACGCGUCGCCGCUAGCUGGUUGCCGCCGAUGGCCAAGGCGCUCAGGCCGCCGUUCGCCGCCGCCGAGCGGUUCCUCGGGUUCCCCUGCGGCGGGUCGCCGGGGGCCGUGGCCCCGGCGCCCGCCGGCGACGACCUGCCGGACCUCGCCGAGGCCGACGUCUGGUACUCGGCCGCCGAUUCGGGGAGCCCCUGCCCCGUAGCCUCCCGGCCGCUGGAGGCGGAGGGUCGGACGGCGCGGCGCGGGGUGCAGGGCGGGCUGAGCCGCGCGUUCGGGGACGGGCUCGGGCGGCAGGCGGCGGCGUCCGCGCCCGUCGAGGUGCCCGCGUGGCCGAGCCGCUUCGCGGUGCCGGACCCGGAGCCGGCGCUGCUGUUCGAGAUGGAGAUGGACGACGACGACGGCAAGGCGGGCGCCGGCGGGUGGGUGCCGCCGCACGUGUACCUGGCGCGGCGGCAGGCGCGGGCGUCGGUGGUGGACGGCGCCGGGCGGACGCUCAAGGGCCGGGACAUGUCGCGGGUGCGCGACGCCGUCUGGAGCCGGACGGGCUUCGACGGAUGACGACGAGGACGACCAUCAAAAGCUUGGGUUUUGAUUCCCCCCUUUGCCUCCUCGAUCACUCGCUCUCAGAUUUCUCCUCCUCCUCUCCUUUUUUCUGGAUGAAAAUUUUGUAACUCGCGCGGGUUGCUGCUUAUUUUUGGCCUCCGAUCCAUCGGCGAUUGAGUAGUACAUCAAUGGGAAACAGCAAGUGCUAGAGAUGAGCAAGGGAUGUGUGGUGUGUAGUAGCGCCAGUAUACUAGUAUAGCUCAACAAGGACAUUUUUCAUCGGUUCAAUAAUCUGGUUGCUGAUUGGGCGGUUGGAUACUCGCUGGCUCCAACUAAAAUCGGUUGGAGCCUGAUGAUUCUUUCCUUUGGGCACUACCCCUAGUUUGUUGUGGCCUCCAAAAGACAGAACAAUGGCCAUGUGUUGUGAUCCAAAAUUGGAAUCUUUAUGUGAUAUUUUUUUCCCCUUCU